AUAAUUGUUAUAGAUUUGGAAGGGACUCUGUAUCAUUAACACUUUCAUGUUUUUUUUUUUUAGGCUCUGAAUGUGGAGGUGUAAACAGUGUUCUGAAAGUAAAUCUACAAGGUACCAAUUACUAAAACACUAUAAAUUGAACUAUGGCCAUUAUGGCCAGGGACACUCCAGAUAUCCAUGCACAUACUAUGAAUGCCCAUGCUCAUUCAAAACUUGGAAUGCACUUAAAACUCAUUUGAGUCAAAGUCAUGUUAAUGUUUUACCUUUAAGGACUACAGCAGAACAAGAAAUAUUGACAUGCCUUUUGUGUCCAGGAAGUGAAAUAGCAUCUAGUAGAGAGUACUUUGCUCAUGUUAACAACCAUCUGAGGAGUUAUGAAACAGUAACGUGUAUGUUUGUAAAUUGUUCUUUUCAAACCAAUAUAUAUGCUACUUUCAAAUCCCAUAAGAAUAGGAAGCAUGCACAUUGCACUAUAAAAGACUUUAAAGUUGAACUAUUGAAAGGAUGUGAUACAAAUGGUGAGCGUCAACUAUCUGAAGAGCAUUCAACUGCUGAAAUUGCUUCUGAUUUAGAUUGUGACGAUUUGAUUGAAGCGGAGGCAGAAAACGAGAACUUGCAAGGUACAAUAAUUAAAAAAUUGGCAUCAGUCCUUCUGAAAUUAGAGACUUUGUCACAUGUUCCAAGCUCUGUAAUUGAUCAGUUACUCGAAGAGUUGCAUUUCAUUUUUACUUCUGCUGCAGUCCCUGUAUCACACAGUACAGCUUUUGACAUUUUCAAUAAGCAUAACCUUCAAGUUAAUCAGUCAGUAAUUAAUGAACUCAUCUUAGCCAUUUCUGCCAAUAAUCCUUUGGCAAUAGCUAUAGCUAAGGGUGGUCCAUUAGCCUCAGCCUUCAAACGUAAACAUUAUUAUAAGGAAAACUUUAAGGUUGUGGAACCUGUUGAGUAUGUACUAGAGGCAAGGUCCAACAAAACCUUUCAGUACGUUCCCUUACUGAAUUCUCUACAGCAGCUACUUGAACGUAAAGAUAUAGUUGAUAAGCUUCUUGAUAAUCACGCAGCUUCUUCUGCAAAUGUAGACCAGUAUGCUUCUUUUCAGGAUGGUGAGUACCACAAAAACAACCCUUUCUUUUCAAAUGAAGAUUUAAGGAUUUCCUUAUGUUUGUACAUUGAUGACUUUGAAGUUUGCAAUCCGCUGGGGACUUCAUGCAAAAAACACAAACUGUGUGCAGUCUACUGGAUUUUAGGUAACUUGCCUCCUGGUAGCAGCUCAGUCCUGUCCUCAAUCUACUUAGCAUUGCUAUGCAAAAGUGAUCAUGUUAAAACUUAUGGCUACAAAAAAUAUUUGAGCCUCUAUUGCAUGAUAUAGUGACUUUGGAGCAGCAAGGGCUGUUUGUUACACAACUUGGGUCAUUUAUCAAGGGCACAGUACAAUGCGUUGUUGCGGAUAAUCUGGGGGCUCUUGGGCUACCUGGAUUUGUAGAGAGUUUUUCUGGAAAAUAUUUCUGUCGCUUUUGUACAGCUCAGCAUUGUGAAAUUCAGGGAACAGAGGUGAAAUCAGGAGUAUUUGAGCGUAGAACCAAGGACGUUCAUCAGCUUCACGUAAAGACAGCUCAAGAAAAAGGGGAAAGCUGCUUUGGUGUAAAAACUUCUUGUGUUUUAACUGACAGUCUGUCUCACUUUAAUGUGACAAGUGGUUACCCCCCAGAUAUUGUCCAUGAUUUGUUUGAGGGCAUAGUUCCUGUAGAACUAGCACGAUGCAUUAAUGUGCUUUUAUCUAAGAAGUUAUUCACUCUUGAACACCUUAAUAAUCUUAUUCAUUCUUUUCCAUACAAAGAGGGGGAUAAAACAAACCGGCCUCAUUUGCUACCUCAAACUUUUCAAAAGAAACGCACAGUGGGUGGCAAUGCCCACGAAAACUGGUGUCUUCUUCGAUUACUUCCUUUUAUCAUUGGUAAACUUGUUCCCAGUGAUGAACCUGCUUGGCAGGUGAUUUUGGAUUUAAAGGAUAUUGCUGAAUUGGUUGUUGCCCCUGUUCAUUGUCUAGAAUGGAUUGCAUAUUUGGAGUGCAAAAUCUCAGAGCAUCGAGAACGUUAUCAGGACCUCUUUCCUGAUCAGAAGUUGUUGCCAAAACAUCAUUUUCUGGAACACUAUCCAGAAAUUAUUAAAUGUUUUGGUCCCCUUGUGUCAUUAUGGACUAUGCGGUUUGAGGCCAAACACAGCUUUUUCAAGCAAGUUGUAAGGCAUACAAAUAACUUCAGGAACAUAACUUUGUCUUUAGCUACAAAGCAUCAGUUUAUGGUUUCCUAUAACAUGCUAUGUCCUGACAACGAAAAGCCUUCCUUGGAUGUUGCGCGAGUUUCAAAAGUCCCCAUUGAUGUCCUUAAUGAGGAUGUUUUGAACACAAUUACCCAGACAUACCCUGACAUCACUGAUGUUAACCUUGCCCAAAGUGUCACUGUUAAUGGCAUAAACUACAAAAAGGGUAUGAUAGUUGUGCAUGGAUCAUGUGGGGGUCUACCAGAAUUCUCUGAAAUAUGAUUUGAUUUUCAUUGUCAAAAAACUCAUCUCAUGGUACAGAGAGCACUAUCGAGCUUAUGAGUUACAUCCAACAAGAGAGCUUGCAGCUGUUGGUUUGAAGGAGCUUGCUGACCAGUAUCCUUUGGCUGACUACAAAGUUGGAUCCCUACGAAUGGUGACUUUAAAAGAUUUGUACACAUGACAGAAUGAAUACAAGAUGUCUGCAACUCUGAGAGUCAUAUUGGGAGUAGACGACGCACCAAAAUUAAUCCUGCCCAAUGGAAUACCCGAUCCAUAGAGGACCUUAAAGGAGAGAUUCGAAGACACUUCGGCCUGUCUGGAAAUUUCAGGCUGCAGUAUAGAGACGUUGAUUUCGACAAUGAGUUUGUGAACUUAACGGCAACUUCAGAAAUCAAAGACAAGAGCACAGUUAACGUUAUUAACUUGUCAGAUGAGACAGUCACACUCACAUUCACUACUAUUCCGCAAGGGGAAGAUGAUCUUUUGCUGUCCUCAUCAUCAGACACAGACAUACUUUCUCCGCUGAAUCUACAUCUUCGGGUACUUCCCUUAGAUCACAGCCAUGGCCCACAAACUUUGAAAUACCUCAGUUCAGUUAUGAGGUACAGAUUCAGUUAGAAAAGGCAAAUCAAGCCUUCUGCAGCAGUGGAACUCUUCUAAAAACAAGUAACAAACUUAGGUCCGAUAUACUAGAUGGUUUGGCAUCAGAAAUCAUCAAAUACAAAGUUUAUCCUUCUAGUACAGAGCUUGAUGAUGUGGCUCAGGCUCUGAUAACAAAGUAUCCCUUUUUAAAGGAGAAAGGAUCUGUCACUGGCUUUUAUGGAUGGAAAAUUAGUCUAAAGUACAAAAUGGCAAACUACCGCACCAGACUAAGGAGCAUUGGCUGCCCCGAGUUGAGCAUCAAUGCUGUAAAAGAAAAGCGAGUUGCCUUGAGUCAUGGACCUAACCAGGUAAAGAAGCCAAGGAAAACAGAAGUCAACUAUUGUCCUGAUUACCCUGCAGGCGAAACUAAAGAGAGCCUUGAGGAAGAAAGAAAAGCACUUACAUUGGAGGUGAAAAAGAAGAACAACCAACAGCUAAUCAAAAGUAAAAUGGAAAGAACCUUUGCCUAUAGAAGACAGGAAGUCGUUAAAGAUAUGCCCUUCAUAGCGGAGUUCAAAAACAGAUGGCCAGCCCUGUUUUCUGAGAGCCAGGUAAAGUAUUAUUCAUCAUCUGUAU